AACUGGCAACCCUCCAACUGCCAGACAACUGCUCUCACCACCCGAGCCAAUGGUAAAGGAAUUCUAACUGAAUUUACAUGCCACUCUGAUGCAGGUCGAUACUAAGCACAACUACACAAAACCACAGCCGGCAGUCACCUCAGAGACUGUGGAAUUACUGUUCAGAGGUAAUGUGAGGGUAAAUCUUCGUCCUCUCCUGAUACAUAUUUUAUCUUCUAUUAUCCACUCCUGUGUGAUGACCCUUUAACUCCUCCACACACCAAAAAGACAUCCCUCCUGCUCUCCUGUCACUGCAGAAUGUCAGAGUGCCCUGUCUGCUGGGUCCAGGGCUUCAUCUACAUCCCAACCAUCGCUCUGGGCCUCCCGCUGAACCUCACUGCCCUGUGGACGCUGUUUUUCAGAAUCAGACGAUUCACAGAGACAACGGUUUAUCUCACCAGCCUUGUCAUGAAUGACAUCCUUCUCAUAUUCUCCUUGCCUUUCAAGAUGUACGCUUAUGAAAGACCAUGGCGCCUGGGAAGUGGAUUUUGUUCAUUUUUGGAGAGCCUGAUAUAUAUAAACAUAUAUGGGAGUAUUUUGUUCAUAGUCUGCAUUUCAGUGGAUCGCUAUAUUACACUGCGGUUCCCCUAUACAAUGAAAAAGCUUCGCUCCCCACAGAAGGCUGCAGUUGUCUGCCUUGCGAUUUGGGCUUUAAUUUUUGGAGCGAGCCCAGCAGCUUACAAAUUGCAUGACCACAGGGACAGUUGUUUCCAAAACUUCUCCAACGCAACCUGGAACAAGGUGGGAAUUGUCGCAUCUCUGGAGACCGUGUUCUUGGUCAGCACGAUCAUCAUGGUUUUCUGUUCCGUCAAUGUCCUGUGGAUUCUGAAAGGCUUGCGAAAUCAAAACCCACAGGACAAAAAGCUGAAGAAUAACAAGUCCCUGAAAAUAGUCAUCAGCAACCUUGUCACAUUUCUGGUGUGCUUCAUCCCCUACCACGUUUCUGUGCUAAUUUAUUUCCUGGCAAAGAACAUAUCAGUGACAGUUGAAACCAUGAAUGCCCUGAGAAUUUUUUUACACAUCAGUGCCUCUGUGAGCAGCCUGAACUGUCUGUUUGAUGGAAUAUGUUACUAUUACGUACUCCUGGAGAACUGGCAGGCAGUUUCAGCAACUGACACGGUUGGCGCGACAGAAUUGCAACCUUGAGAGACAAUAUUAGCUCAUUCAUUCUUUUAUUUCAACACUUAGUAAAUAGAGCUUUACUCCUACUCUGUACUGUAUGUUAUGAUCUGGCUACUUUGCAGAGGGUGAUCUACAGCGUGAUGUUUUGAUAUUAGACACAAGACACACACAAUGGAGUCCACCGUUUAAAAAAUGCUACAAUGUGCAUUUUUGGAUUAACAUCAUUUGAUUUUCUAGGGAAAUGAAAUAGUUGCCAUAAGCCAGUCAUAUUGUAGUGCUUGACUGCAAUGUGCAAAUCAGCUGUUGAUUUGUCUGUUUCAUGGAGGUUUAUGGAUUGUAGGUCCCCAUCAAAUGUUUACAAAAUGUAGGUUGUUUCAUUUAUUUAUUUACAUUAUAUACAGUAUGUUAUAAAAAAUGUGUUAUCUUAUCAGAAGUAUGUAAUUAAGAACAAUUAGCAGUUAGUGACACUACAGGGGCUGCAAUAAAAUAUGUAUUUUUGAACAGUUGCAUUGUUCCCCAAGCAUGUCAUCUUUCUGUCUGUCUCAUAUUUCA